CCACAGGAUAUGUCAUCCCAACACAGCAUCUCGCAACCAUCCAUCUUUACCCGGCAGUUCCUGCACGAAUGUGGGCCCCUCACCCAUCCUGCGCUCCACGAGAGCCCUCUCCACCAAGCCACUCGCCUUGACAGCCCUGCAACUCAGGCCAGCCGGUGGAUCCAAAAGGCCCCAGGCAUCCAUCGCGGCCCCCGGAACGUAGUCUCCGACUCUCAAUGUGACAGCGGCAGUUGAAUCAUUAA